GAAAAAGUUUUCAUCAACAGCCGCCAUUUUGCGCUGGAGAGACUGAGAAGAAUUUCGGAAUUUGUCGUGUAAAUUUUCUGUUUUUUCUUACAUCAUUUUAUCAUAAACUGAACCAUUCCGUGUAUUUUAAAGUGUUAAGUGAAAUCGUGUUAUUCGAUCGGUAAAAUAAGUCCCAUAAAGUAGCUAAAAUCUGGUGAUAUUGUUUUCAUUUAUUGUGCUAGUUCGACGAAAGAUGGUGAGAGGGUCUGUGUAGCUCUUCGAUUCGGAGCUUUGUAAUGGCGAAUACUUGAGUGAGAAAUUUUAAUAUGUGCCUUCAAUGGUGCGAAGGACAUCGGACGAUUGUGAUGUGGGUGAAUUACGUUAUAAUGGAUGACAAAUCGAUCUAAAAUGUUAUUUCUUGAAGAUAUAAGACAUAAAAGUGUUAUUUAAAUCGGCGGGCCGAAAUAUUCACGACGGCUUACGUUUAGUAAACACAGCCAUGGCCGAUCAUCAUGUGGAUGAACCGCCUAACAAGCGGGCAAAGAUGAUCCGGGACCCUUUCCAGGGUCCCUCGGACUCCGCGGCAGAUUUCUCCAAUUUAGACAUGUUUGAUUUGGAGAACCGUCUUCCCGAUGAACUAAUGGGUUCUUGGGUUGAGCAACCCGGAGUCACAGGGCCCAAGCCUCCCGCGCAAGGUCCGGGCCCUGGGGGACAACUCCCCCCUCAACAACAGCUCAAUGGGGAUGACCCUAACGCUGCUAUGCAAAGACAAAUCAACAAUCACCUUAUACAACAAGUCUUUUCACAGGGCAACAAAGGUGGCUUAAUAGGCCACAAUAAUUCUUUAGGAUUGGGUAGCUUAGGAAGUAAGAGUCCAAAUCUACAGUCACCUCCAAAUGUAUCUGUAUCAAAAGACCUGAUGGGUGGUAUGCACCCUCAACUAAUGCCAAAUACAAGUCAUCCAAAUCAACUACACUCAACAAUGCCAAUGAGUUCAAUUCAAGGUGGAAUGAACGUGGCGAACGUAGGUGGCAAUAUGAUCGUGACUAAUAGCAACAUGACGAACGCGGGGAUGCUAGGAAGCGGGAUCAUCAACAACGUGAACAAGCAGCUGCCGACGCUGAUGGGUGGCAACCAUCACGGCGCGGCGCCGCAUCAUCCGCACGCGCAAGGCAUCCAGAACGGGCCGCUCGGCGGGCGAGUGGGCGGCGUCGGCAUGCAGGCGCCCAGCAUGCGCUCGGGGCUGCAGCACCAUCCGCGAAUGCAGGCGCCCGGGGGCGGCGCCCUGCUGACGCCCUACCACCCCGCCUACGGGCAGUCGGCGACGGGCGCGGCGGGCGCGGGCCCGGGUGCGCCGGCGCCGCGGCCGGCCGUGCGCUUCGGGCCGCCCGGGGAGGCGGGCGGGGGCGCCGCGCAGGCCGUGCCGCCGGCGCCGUCGCCGCAGACGCCGGGCGCGCCCUCCGGCGGCCAGUCGCAGCCCCAGGCCGCCACGCAAGCGGCGGCGCCGCCUCCCUCCCAACCGGCGCCCUCGGGCUCCAUCGCGGACCCUGAGAAGCGCAAGCUGAUCCAGCAGCAGCUCGUGUUGCUCCUGCACGCCCACAAAUGCCAACGCCGGGAAUCACAGUCCAAUGGCGAGACGUGGCAGUGCUCUUUACCGCACUGUAAGACUAUGAAAGGGGUUCUCACACAUAUGAUGUCGUGUCAGGCCGGUAAAAAUUGUGCAGUACCCCAUUGUUCCUCAUCAAGACAAAUCAUAAAUCAUUGGAAACACUGUAGUAAAAAUGACUGUCCAGUUUGUUUGCCUCUCAAGCAAGCUGAUAGGACUAGAACAAAUAACAUGAAUGCAGCGCCAGUAAGCCACACGGCCACGGGCGUGGGUGCCGGCGGGGUGACGGGCGUGGGUGUGAACCCUCCCGUGGGACAAGUGGGGGCCGUGGGUCAAGUGGGCCAAGUGGGCGCGGUCAACGCUGGUACCAUGGGUGUUAACUCUAUGCCCGGAGUGGCGCCACCUAGUACGGCGCCGGCGUCUGUAGCAAGCACGCAAGGAGCUGAUAUGAAACGCGCGUAUGAAGCCCUCGGCAUAGCGUGUCCGACGUCUGUAUCCAACAUGGUGGGCAAUUUCCCGCGCUCGGCGCCGCUGACGAGGAUGGCGGUGCCGAGGCCGCCCGCCAUGACUGACGUCGUGCCGCAGCAGUCCAUGCAGCAGCUGUUCCAUCAGAACCAGGAUCUACAGCAGCAACAGUUGAUGGGGGGAAGUACGCUGCAACUUCCAGGGGGACCCGUUACCGCCAACCCCGUCUCGGGCACGAAAGAGUGGCACCAGUCUAUAACAACCGAUCUCAGAAACCAUCUUGUUCAUAAACUGGUGCAAGCUAUCUUCCCGACGCCGGACCCCCACGCAAUGCUAGACAAAAGAAUGCACAAUUUAGUGGCGUACGCACGGAAAGUCGAAGGUGACAUGUACGAGAUGGCCAGCACUAGAUCCGAGUACUACCACUUGCUAGCGGAGAAAAUAUACAAAAUACAGAAAGAGUUGGAAGAGAAGAGACAGAAGAGGAAGGAGCAGCAGUUGCAAGCGCAACAGGCGCAACAGAAUCAGUUGCAGCAACAACAGAACUUGCAACAGCAACCUGUUAACGUAAUGUCGGGCGGAGGGGUUAUGGGCACCCGGCCGCCGGCGCCGAACGCGACAGUGGGCUUACAGAGGCCGACUAUGCCGACGCAGCCGAUGGCGGGGAUGAGGAUACCGUCGCCCGGGAUGAACAUGAGCGGGAUGCAGCCCAACAGGAUGGCCUUCCAGACCAACUUGGUCGGCCCGCCCGGUCCCAGUCCCAACCAAAUGCCGCAGACGCCUAAUGGCGGGUCAGUGGGCGUGGGCAGCGUGGGCCCGGGCAUGUCUCCGUUCCCGCAGCCGCUGACGUCCCCCGCCCCGCAGUACCCCUCCAUCUCUAGCAACGGGCCUGCGCCGCUCACAGAUACCAUCCAUCAAGGGGAGGCGAAAGUCCGAAUGGCGGCGAGUCCGUUCGUGAACCACAGUUUCCCGUCGACGGCGCCGUCGCCCGCCAGCGCAGCCCCCGCCACCCCCGCCACCCCGCUAGCGCUGCCCAGCCCUGCCCCGCCCGCCCCUCCCGUCCCGCCCGCUGUGCCCGCCCCGCCCGCCGUCCCCGCGCCGCCCGCGCCCUCGCUGCUGACCCGCCUGCCCGAACACAAUGACGACGACGACCAAGACCAACAUAUUCGAAUAAAACAAGAACCGGAAGACGUCCGAGUCAAAGACGAGCCAGAAGAGGACUGUGGGGGCAAAGGCAUGCGGGACGAAACGCCCAGCGAUAGGGAACCUCCCGAACGGAACGACUUUGUCGUCAAGCAAGAAAUCAAGGCUGAGAUCAAACAGGAAGUCAAGGAGGAAACGGGAGAAAAUGCGACGGCGGAAAGUGCUGGCGACAGGAGUUCGCGGCGAGUCUGCGUCUACAAGCCGGAAGAUUUAAGAGUAGCCCUUAUGCCGACGUUAGAAGAACUAUUUAGACAAGAGCCAGAAUCUCUCCCAUUCCGCCAGCCAGUCGACGCGCAAGCACUCGGAAUCCCAGACUACUUCGAUAUAGUGACGAAUCCUAUUGACUUGUCGACUAUAAGGCGGAAACUUGAUGUGGGAGAGUAUCAAGAGUCGUGGGAGUAUGUGGACGACGUGUGGCUCAUGUUCGGCAACGCGUGGCUCUAUAACAGAAAGAACUCGAGGGUCUAUAGAUACUGUACUAAGCUGUCUGAGGUGUUCGAGUCGUGCAUAGACCCGGUGAUGCAGAGCCUGGGCUACUGCUGCGGCCGCAAGUACACGUUCAACCCGCAAGUGCUGUGCUGCUACGGCAAACAGCUGUGCACCAUCCCGCGCGACGCCAAGUACUUCAGCUAUCAGAACAGUCUAAAAGCGUAUGGGGUUGUGUCCGAUAGAUACACCUUCUGCCAGAAAUGCUUCAACGACAUCCAGGGCGACACAGUCACGCUCGGCGAUGAUCCGCUGCAGCCGCAAACUGCAAUAAAAAAGGAUCAGUUCAAAGAGAUGAAAAACGACCACUUAGAGCUAGAACCUCUCGUGGUGUGUAGCGAUUGCGGGCGGAAGCAGCAUCAAAUCUGCGUACUGCACCACGACCAAAUAUGGCCCCAGGGCUUCUGCUGUGAUAAUUGUUUGAAGAAGAAGGGGGCGAAGCGAAAAGAGAACAAGUUUAGCGCUAAGAAGCUGCCUACCUCGAAACUUGGCAUUUAUAUUGAGACAAGAGUCAAUAAUUUUCUUAAGAAAAAAGAGGCUGGCGCUGGCGAAGUGCAUAUCAGGGUUGUGGCGUCGUCUGAUAAGAUUGUGGAAGUAAAGCCAGGCAUGCGAUCGAGAUUCGUAGAUUCCGGGGAGUUACACGCUGAAUUCCCGUAUCGGGCUAAAGCGUUGUUUGCAUUUCAAGAGAUCGACGGAAUUGAUAUUUGUUUCUUUGGCAUGCAUGUGCAGGAAUAUGGUAGCGAAGCACCAGGGCCAAACACGAGGCGCGUUUACAUAGCAUAUCUAGAUUCAGUACAUUUCUUCCAACCGCGGCAGUACAGAACGGCCGUAUACCACGAGAUUCUAUUAGGAUAUUUGGACUACGCCAAACAGUUGGGGUACACCAUGGCACACAUAUGGGCGUGCCCCCCUUCCGAAGGCGACGACUACAUUUUCCACUGCCAUCCGCCUGAACAAAAAAUACCUAAGCCAAAAAGGUUGCAAGAGUGGUAUAAGAAAAUGUUAGACAAAGGUAUCAUAGAAAGAAUAAUUUUAGACUACAAAGAUAUUCUUAAGCAAGCGAUGGAGGAUAAUAUCUCUUCUGCGGCGGAGCUACCGUACUUCGAGGGUGAUUUCUGGCCCAAUGUGUUAGAAGAAUCUAUCAAAGAGUUGGACCAGGAAGAGGAGGAGAAGAGAAAGCAGGCUGAAGCCGCUGAAGCAGUGAUAUUCCAGUCUUCAGAAGAGAACGAACAAGGGCCCGACGGAAAGAAGAAAGGGCAGAAGAAGGCGAAGAAGUCAAACAAAUCGAAGGCCGCUCAGAGGAAGAACAGUAAGAAGCAGAGCGACCAGCAGCAGGGAAGCGAUCUCAGUGCAAAGAUAUUUGCCACCAUGGAGAAACACAAGGAAGUGUUCUUUGUUAUUAGGCUACAUUCCGCGCAAUCAGCCGCAAGCUUAGCGCCAAUCCAAGACCCGGACCCACUAGUAAACUGCGACCUAAUGGACGGGCGCGACGCAUUCCUCACAAUGGCGCGCGACCGCCAUUACGAAUUCUCAUCCACGCGACGGGCGCAAUUCUCAACACUCUGCAUGUUAUACGAAUUACACAACCAAGGCACAGACAAGUUCGUUUACACGUGCAACAGUUGUAAAUCACAUGUGGAGACGCGGUAUCACUGCACUGUGUGCGACGAUUUCGAUCUCUGUGUUCCGUGUCACGAAAAGGAGGGUCAUCCGCAUAAGAUGGAGAAACUCGGCUUGGACAUCGACGUCGGCUCGUCUCCUGGGGAUAUGAAGCAGGCGAAUCCCCAAGAAGCGAGAAAGCUGUCUAUCCAGAGGUGUAUCCAGUCAUUGGUACACGCGUGCCAGUGUCGGGACGCGAAUUGCCGACUACCAUCGUGCCUGAAAAUGAAGCGCGUGGUGCAGCACACGAAGAUCUGCAAGCGGAAGACGAAGGGUGACUGCCCUAUCUGCAAGCAGCUCAUCGCGCUUUGCUGUUAUCAUGCGAAGCAUUGUCAAGAAACGAAAUGCUCAGUGCCGUUCUGCAGCAGCAUAAAACAGAAGCUGAAGCAGCAGCAGGUGCAGCAGCGCGUGCAGCAAGCCAAGCUGCUGCGCCGGCGCAUGGCGGCCAUGAACACGCGGCCCGGCGCUGCCUCGCCGCCGCCCGCCCUGGCCUCGCCGCCGCCCUCCAAGCCGCAGGAGCACUCGCUGCCGCACAAUGUGCAGAAGGCGCUCCAGCAGGUGCAAGAGGAAGCGGCGCGGCAACAAGCGCCGUCGUACGGCAAGCAAGGCGGGGGGGGCAUGGGCCCGCCCACGCUGAGCCCGCAGCUGGCCCCGCCUCGCGCCGACUGGGCCGCGCGCUACCGCCCGCCGCCGCCGCUGCACCACCCGCCCAGGCUGCCGCCGCACCACCAGCACCAGCAGCAGCAGCCGCGACCGGGCCCGGGCCCCGGCGCCGCGGCGCCGCAGCCGGCGAUGCACCAGCAAGCGCUGCAGAAACUUAUGGCGACCCUCCGCUCGCCGACCAGCCACAACCAGCAGCAGGAGAUACUGCAGAUCCUCAAGUCCAACCCGCCUCUCAUGGCCGCCUUCAUCAAGCAGAGACAGCAAAACGCGCAAAACCAGCAAGCGGCCGCGGGGGGCGUGGGCAACGUGGGCAACGUGGGCGGCGUGGGCAACGUGGGCCUCGGAGCGCUUGCGCAAAACGUGGCGCAGCCGCCCAUACACAAUAUGAUGCCGCAACAGCGGCUGCAGCAGAUGCAUCAGAUGUUGCCCCAGCAGUCUCAGGUUGGUGUCGGAGGCAUCGGCGGCGUCGGCAACGUCGGCGUAGGCAACGUCGGCGUGGGCAACGUCGGCGUCGGGAACGUGGGCGUGGGCAACGUGGGCGGCGUGGGCAUGGGCGGCGGCAUGGGCUCGGGCUGGUUCAGCAAGCAGCAGGGCAUGCUGGGCAUGCGCGGCUACGGCGCGGGCGCGGGCGCGGGCGCGAGUGCGGGCGCGCGGCUGGCGUCGGCGCGCUACUUCCCCGGCGUGGCGCGCUCGCCGCCCGCCGCGCCCAGCCCGCGCCCGCCCACGCCCUCGGAGCUGCUGCUGCUGCGGCAGUCGCCGGCGCCGCCCGCGCCGCUGCCGGACGACCAGCUGCCGCCGCUGACGCCGCAGGACCAGCUGACCAAGUUCGUCGAGCAGUUGUAGUGUACAUAACCCGCCGCGCGCCCGCCUGUAACAUAUAGCCUCGGCCGCGCACCCUAUUUAUUCUCCGCGCCCGACGACGCGGACUAAGUUAAGUAUUACGAUGAAUCGAGCGCUCAAUGUACAAAAUGUAAAUACGAGUAUGAGAGGAGAACGUCCUGUCCGCUUCUGCGUAAUCUAAGUUGUUCGUAGUGUAGGUACAUUAUGAUACUUAUUCUGUUUAUUGUAAUUAAAUCAUUUUAUAAUAUAAUUAUGUGAUUAUAA